AUGAUUCCUUUUUACAUAUUGUUUGUGACGCUAUUGAAUAGCGUCAGAAGUUCGUCUGCAAUUACUAUUGGCUCCGUGACUGUAACUCAAAUACGUGAUGCUACAGCACCAAAUCAAAACUCAAACGCAUAUGUUGUAACCUCGAGCAAAGUCCGUGAAGGAUUCUUAGUAGACACUGGUGUCACAAAUAGUACAACUUCAAAACUGAUCUCGGUAUACCAAGAGCAAGUACUCUCAACUACAAAACCACCAAAGUUUGUCUUUGUUACACAUGGACAUCCAGAUCACUUAGGUGGCAUUGCUCUCAUUCAACAAGUUUACCCUACAACGCCGAUCUAUGUGAUCACUCAGCAAGUUGCCAAAGAAGCUGUUCAAUGGAUGAAUUUUAGCUGUACUAAUGGAUUCUCUUCGGCUGCACAAUGUGCCGUGAAUUAUUCCAAGGUCUUACGUGUACUGACAUCACCACGAACACAACUUGCAUUUAAUGAUCGAUACGCACAAAUCAAUGCGUUUAGUGUCAUAGUGAAAGGUGAAUCAUCAUAUGCAGGUCUUCUUGGAGUCACUGUUGCAUCCAAAUUUUACUGGCUUUUUACGGGCGACGCCAUCUCUAUCCGAUCUCACCUAUUCAUUAGCAAUUUUUUCGAUAAUCAAAUACUACCAGCUAGUGAUGAUGCUCUUUGCGCUUGGGCUGGAAAUAUGCAAGCAUCUGUAUGUGAGUUACAGCUUAGCCGACGAGAGCCUACGAUAUUUCCCGGCCAUGGUCCCAUCAGUGAUGUGUCUUCUUAUGAAAAAGAUGUCGCUCGCAACGUUGCGUGGCUUCGGUCAAUAAGAAAUCUAACAUUUAACAGUUGUAACAAAACGUAUAUUUCUGAUGAAAUGCUUCGAAUUUUUCCAGAGUUCGGUCAAACAAAUUUUGCGAGUAUUGGUGCUCUCAAUAUGCACGUACCGGCGGACGCAAAUAGUGUUGGGUGCAACUGCACUAAUGAUUCGCCUACAAUUUGUCCAGUAUAUCAUGCACCACCUACAUGCAUGCAUUUGGAUAUCAAUGAUACCGACACAACACUUGCAUGUAGCAUGCGAUCAACAGUUUGGUGGCCUAAAGGUAUCCUUAAGUGGAUCCUAAAUUGA